AUGCGGACUCCGACUUACCUCUCUACGAUCGGCUCUCAAGAUCUCCGCAUUCAACAAGCGGACACGCAACGGGACAUGGACCUAUUCGCCUCCGGCUACGCCUACAGUGAGUGGACUAACUCAUGAAAUGUCCACCGGAAUUCCGAAAUGCGUCUUCAUUUCGAAAAGAUUGAUGUAAUAGGGUUGUAAAACUAACUAUCCUGCAGCAUACUUCUUAAAUAAUUCAGUUGCCUCAAGAUGAAAGCUUUCGAGCAAAUUCUUUCCAGCUGCAUGCAAAACCUAUGUUCUGUAAAAUGACUACUACAGUACCAUGCACUCUUCUCGCCGAUGUUCGAUGCCCUAAAAAAUUCAACUAUAUUUCGUAGAAAACAUGCAUAAAAAUAUUCAUUCUCUUACUCACUCGGUCGCAAAUUCGGUCUUCUUCACAGUUUAAACUUUAAAGAAGUGUAUAAUUGUAUUUUAAAAAACCCUUGCAUUCUGUGUUUGCAAACUACAAGCCGUAUAAACAUGUCAUGAAACUCAAUCACUUCGAUCUCAGCUGCCUUCACAGAAUACUAAAGUCGAGAUGGCAUGACAGGAUCCCCUGACACGGGCAUCCUAGAACGGAGCGGAGUCGUCAGCAUCCACGGGAUGCUGACACAACUGCAAUUACGUUGGAGUGGCCAUCUCGUGAGGAUUGAAGCUACUCGUCUGCCGUAACAAACCUUCUAUGGUGAUGUCGCCACAGUUGUACACCGAAUAGGAGGACCAAAGUGACGCUCCAAAGACACAUUGAAGAAUUUUUUUGAGCGGUUUUAUAUCAAUUCAGAGGCCUUGGAGGACCUCGCCAAGAAAAGACCGGCCUGGAGCAGAAACGUGAAGACUGGUGCAGAGACAUACGGAGUCACCUUGGUCGCCGUUGACGAAACUAAAAAGGUUGCUUGCAAGUCUCUGGCGCUCCGAUCCGCAAUGUCGCCACUCAACCCCACCCAACGUGCCCUCGCUGUCAACGAACAUGUUUCGUUUGAAUCGGCCUCGUCAGUCACCCACGAACCCAAUGCAUCGACCGCCCUGCGACAGCAAUUACUGCCUUCACGACCACGCCCGCUUUAA